AUUGGAAAAAGGGAAAACAAGAUUUUAAUUUUACUGCCAGGUCUUUUAUUCAUUUUAGAUCUGACUAAAAAUAAAAAGUGAAAAAGGUUUAAAUGUGGCUGAUAUUUAUUAUUCAAAUCGGUUAACAUUCUCUCUUAGGAUGUGCAGCUCAGUUUCCGAUUACUUUCUGUUGCCCUGAAGACGCCCCCUGCUGAGCAUAUUGUUCCCCUGCAUUGCCCUGGAGACAACCCUCAGCUGCCCCCUGCUGAGACAGCUGCCCACUUGUUUGUUCAUUGCCUGCAGCUUGCUGAGCCUGGAGAUGCCCCUCAGCUGCCCCUGCUGAGCGUAUUGUUCCCCUGCAUUGCCCUGGAGACGCCCCUCAGCUGCCCCCUGCUGAGCGUAUUGUUCCCCUGCAUUGCCCUGGAGACGCCCCUCAGCUGCCCCCUGCUGAGCGUAUUGUUCCCCUGCAUUGCCCUGGAGACGCCCCUCAGCUGCCCCCUGCUGAGCGUAUUGUUCCCCUGCAUUGCCCUGGAGACGCCCCUCAGCUGCCCCCUGCUGAGCGUAUUGUUCCCCUGCAUUGCCCUGGAGACACCCCUCAACUGCCCCCUGCUGAUCAUAUUGUUCCCCUGCAUUGCCAUGGAGAAGCCCCUGACCACUUCCUCUUUAAAGGGAAACUAUAGUGCAAGUAAAACAAAGUUGUUUUUCUGGCACUAUAGCUCCCUCCUCUUUUGCGGUACAGAGACUGCGAUCAACUGCCGUCUGUACUGUCAUAGUCUGCGAUAAACUGUCCUCUGUACUGUCAUAGUCUGCGAUAAACUGUCCUCUGUACUGUCAUAGUCUGCGAUAAACUGCCCUCUGUACUGUCAUAGUCUGCGAUAAACUGCCCUCUGUACUGUCAUAGUCUGCGAUAAACUGCCCUCUGUACUGUCAUAGUCUGCGAUAAACUGCCCUCUGUACUGUCAUAGUCUGCGAUAAACUGCCCUCUGUACUGUCAUAGUCUGCGAUAAACUGCCCUCUGUACUGUCAUAGUCUGCGAUAGUCUGCGAUAAACUGUCCUCUGUACUGUCAUAGUCUGCGAUAAACUGCCCUCUGUACUGUCAUAGUCUGCGAUAAACUGCCCUCUGUACUGUCAUAGUCUGCGAUAAACUGCCCUCUGUACUGUCAUAGUCUGCGAUAAACUGCCCUCUGUACUGUCAUAGUCUGCGAUAAACUGUCCUCUGUACUGUCAGUCUGUGAUAAACUGCCCCAUAUACUGUCAGACUGUGCAGAGUAUGUGAUAGCAUUGGCCUUUACAUGCUCGGUAUCAGACUGUUCUUCUCUUGUGCAGUGAGAACGAGGCGCUUUGGAGGGAAGUGGCGAGUCUGCGACAGAAGCACUCCCAGCAGCAGAAGGUGGUAAAUAAGGUAAGGAGAUCCUCCCUGCACUGACAGUGGGAUGGAGAGGUGAUUCUGGGGGGAGGGAGUCGGUAAACAUGAGCGCGUACAUCCGAUACGGACCCCACCUUUCAUACAUUUUUGCAGCUCCAUAUCGGUAACAAAUAUGAGGAUAAUGGCCAAUUCCUGCUCUUUAUGUGUUGGUAAAAUCAGUUUGUCACCGGAGGGAAUCCUGCAAGAGUCCGGCGGGGGUGCGGGGCAGCAGUGUAUAGACAAAGUUGGGGAGACCGCUUAAAGGGACAGCACAACGUUAACCUGGUGCUAGGGACUGAAAGAAGUGGCUACACAGUUUUGUUUUGUUUUUUACCCCGCAGCUCAUCCAGUUCCUCCUCUCUUUAGUUCAGUCAAAUCGGAUCCUGGGAGUAAAAAGAAAAAUGUGAGUAUGGUAUGAUACAGCACUGAUAAUGUAGGCAAUACUAAAUGACACUGGGGGUUCUAUGUGAAGAUAAUUGAAGGGUGAAUUGGUUGCUGAAUAUUUGGUUUGAUAUAAUAAUAGCCACGUGUCCCCAGACAAGUCCUGUUUGAUACCCCUGGUGUUUCACUGUGAGUGGUUCACUAUUAGUCGGACAUGAACCCCCAUAUGACGUGAAUUUAUCCCUUACUAUAGCUAAUAUGUGCCAUCUCCCUCUGCAGCCCGCUCAUGCUGAAUGACACUAGCUCAGCUCACCCUCUACCCAAAUACAGUCGUCAGUACUCGCUGGAACCUGUGCAUGGAGCCACCUCGUAUCCUGUGAGUGAGUGGGAUUUGGAUGGAGUCUCUGCUUUGUGCCCUCACAGCUUGCUUUUUACUGUUUGAGAUCAUCCUACAUGCCUUCGUAAUUGUUCUACUGUCUGUAUGAUGAACUCUGAUUUCAUAUACCAUCUUUCAGUCCUUGUCUAAUGGAACCCUCUGCUGCCUUGUGUGAUUGUGUUUAACCAUUCCCUGGGUUUCUGCUAAUGUUAUUCUGUGAUUCUAGGCUUCUCUGUCGGGGUAUACAGGAUCCAGUCUGUACGCUACCGACACAUCCCCUGGUCCCAUUAUAUCCGAUGUGACAGAGCUUCCUCAGUCCAGCCCGUCAGUGUCACCGAAUCCCAGUUUGGAAGGAAGGUAUUCAAACCGGCAGAGAUUUUCAGCAUGGAAAUACAGUUGGUUCCAGCGUAAAAGUCUUAAACUGGAUUUUUCUUUCGCUAGAUGCAGUCCAGUGAUUCUCAUUAAAGACGAGCCCCUCACGCCUGACAGUCCCGCGGCCUCCGAGCAGAGUCUCACACCUCCAGAACCAGAGGACAACUUCCCAUCUCCUUCCACCUUCAUUGACUCCAUCUUACAGGACAGUGAGCCUAGCGAUGCCCCUCUGAGUGCCCAAGCACGCACACCACCAAAUGCUCCUGAACCCUGUUUAAGUGUGGCAUGUCUAGACAAGUAAGUUUUUGCCCAGAGAGUAUAAUUUACCUAAACCUGAAACCUUGGAAGUCUGUGCUACUGCCCUCCAUAGUCCCCCUCUGAAUUCUGCUACAAUGGGUCUGCGCACUGGGCAUUCAGAACAAACAUGGCACACUUAUAUAUAUAUUCACUAAACUUGCAGUCCUCCAUCCCAUUCCUUCCAUGUGACUCUUUACCAGGCAGCCAUUGCUACCCCAUUUCCCGUCUUAGCAAAUCUCAUGAACACAAAAUCUGAUACAGCAGAAUCGCCUGUUUAUUGAGCAGAACACGCCCAAAGCGCUACCACUUUAUCAUCUGAUAACAGAAUUCUUAACGUGCAGCCAUUACUCUAAUUCCGAGCUUUCUCUUCCAUACCUUAUGCUGCCCUUUUAGACAUAAAAAACAAGUUUUGCUUUGGGCAGCUGUAUCCCAUAGGCUCUCAUUUGAGGAUUGGUCUUUAUUGGCAUUGUGCUUCUUUGUGAUCAAUUCCACUAUAACAUUUGUAACCCAUUUAUAUUUGGAGCUUGAUUAAGUGGUCCCCCUCAUUUCUUUCUGUCUAUUUUCAUCCCUCCCUUACUGCUCUCAAACUCUGUGAUAUCUCCUCCCUUCCUCUGCCCACACUGCGUCAUAUCUCCUGCCAAACCCUCUGCCCACACUGCGUCAUAUCUCCUGCCAAACCCUCUGCCCACACUGCGUCAUAUCUCCUGCCAAACCCUCUGCCCACACUGCGUCAUAUCGCCUGCCAAACCCUCUGCCCACACUGCAUUCUAUCUCCUACCUCCCUCUGCCCAUACAGCAUAUCAUCUCCUACCUGAGUCUACCCACACUGCAUAUCUCCUACCUCCCUCUACCCACACUGCAUGAUAUCUCCUACCUCCCUCUACCCACACUGCAUAUCUCCUACCUCCCUCUACCCACACUGCAUAUCUCCUACCUCCCUAUAGCCACACUGCAUAUCUCCUACCUCCCUAUAGCCACACUGCAUAUCUCCUACCUCACUCUACCCACACUGCAUAUCUCCUACCUCCCUAUAGCCACACUGCAUGAUAUCAUACCUCCCUAUAGCCACACUGCAUGAUAUCCCCUAUCUCCCUAUAGCCACACUGCAUGAUAUCUCCUACCUCCCUAUAGCCACACUGCAUGAUAUCUCCUACCUCCCUAUAGCCACACUGCAUGAUAUCUCCUACCUCCCUCUACCCACACUGCAUAAUAUCUCCUACCUCCACUCCGACUGCAUGAUAUCUCCUACCUCCCUUUACCCACUCUGCAUUCUAUCUCCUGCCUCCCUCUGCCCACACUGCGUGAUUUCUCCUGCCUCCCUCUGCCCACACUGCGUAAUAUCUCCUGCCUCCCUCUGCCCACACUGCGUGAUAUCUCCUGCCUCCCUCUGCCCACACUGCGUGAUAUCUCCUGCCUCUCUGCCCACACUGCGUGAUAUCUCCUGCCUCUCUGCCCACACUGCGUGAUAUCUCCUGCCUCUCUGCCCACACUGCGUGAUAUAUCCUGCCACACUCUGCCCACACUGCGUGAUAUCUCCUGCCUCCCUCUGCCCACACUGCGUGAUAUCUCCUGCCUCCCUCUGCCCACACUGCGUGAUAUCUCCUGCCUCCCUCUGCCCACACUGCCUGAUAUCUCCUGCCUCCCUCUGCCCACACUGCGUGAUAUCUCCUGCCUCCCUCUGCCCACACUGCGUGAUAUCUCCUGCCUCCCUCUGCCCACACUGCCUGAUAUCUCCUGCCUCCCUCUACCCACACUGCGUGAUAUCUCCUGCCUCCCUCUGCCCACACUGCGUGAUAUCUCCUGCCUCCCUCUUCCCACACUGCGUGAUAUCUCCUGCCUCCCUCUGCCCACACUGCGUGAUAUCUCCUGCCUCCCUCUGCCCACACUGCAUGUUAUCUCCUGCCUCCCUCUGCCCACACUGCGUGUUAUAUCCUGCCUCCCUCUGCCCACACUGCGUGAUAUCUCCUGCCUCCCUCUGCCCACAUUGUGUUGUGUCCUGCCACCCUCUGCCCACGGUUCUACUCAUGCUUUUUUGUAACUCCUCCCAGUUUCUAGGCACACUGAGUGGUGACUCCUCCCACUUUCCGGGCACCCUGCGUGGUGACUCCUCCCACUUUCCGGGCACCCUGCGUGGUGACUGCUCCCACUUUCCGGUCACCCUGCGUGGUGACUGCUCCCACUUUCCGGUCACCCUGCGUGGUGACUGCUCCCACUUUCCGGUCACCCUGCAUGGUGACUGCUCCCACUUUCUGGUCACACUGCAUGGGGACUCCUCCCACUUUCUGGUCACACUGCAUGGGGACUCCUCCCACUUUCUGGUCAUACUGCAUGGUGACUCCUCCCACUUUCCGGUCACACUGCAUGGUGACUCCUCCCACUUUCCGGUCACACUGCAUUUACUGUCCCGUUUGUUCCCUACAGUAACAUGGUGUUUCCUUAUUCUCCGUGCUUUUGUGUUUGUCUCUUUCAGCAUUUCUAGCAGUCGACAGAUGGCUGAGAUCUCUCGUCUCUUUUCCAGCUCCUCUUCCUCACUGCAGGGCAGAACAGAGCUCGGGUUAGAUAUGUCUGUAUAUGUGUUUGGUGCCUGCAGGCAUCUUUCCAUUUGCCCCAUGACUCCCCUCUAUGUAGCAGAAACCAUCUGCUCUACACUCACAGCAGUAAUAGGCCCCCGGUAACACUCACACAGUAGUAUUAUGCCCCUGGUAACACUCACACAGUAGUAAUAUGCCCCCAGUAACACUCACACAGUAGUAAUAUGCCCCCAGUAACACUCACACAGUAGUAAUAUGCCCCCGGUAACACUCACACAGUAGUAAUAUGCCCCCGGUAACACUCACACAGUAGUAAUAUGCCCCCGGUAACACUCGCACAGUAGUAAUAUGCCUCCGGUAACACUCACACAGUAGUAAUAUGCCCCCAGUAACACUCACACAGUAGUAAUAUGUCAGUAUGCCCCCAGUAACACUCACACAGCAGUAAUAUGUCGGUAUGCCCCCAGUAACACUCACACAGUAGUAAUAUGCUCCCAGUAACACUCACACAGUAGUAAUAUGCCCCC